UCCUCUGUCCCUAAUUACAAUAAUACUUCUCUUCUUCUUCUUCCUGUUUGUUCACCAUCUCUCUCUCAUCUCAUCUCGCAGAUCUAAAGUGUAAAGAAUGAGAAAGGGUUCUUUAACCCCUGACAGAGAUCGUCAGAUUGAGGAACAUGAGUUGCAAGAAACUGGGAUUAGUCCUGAAACAGAGAGGAGGAUUAAGAGGAACAACAAGAAUGUUAGAGAAUACCAAAGAGAAGAAGAAGAUGAAACAGAGGAACUGGAAGAAUCUGUGGAGGGGAUAUUCGAAAGCAGAGAGGUUCCUUCGUGGAAGAAGCAAUUAACAAUUAGGGCUUUUGUGGUUAGCUUUGCGCUAAGCAUUUUGUUUAGCUUCAUUGUGAUGAAGCUUAACCUCACAACAGGGAUCAUCCCUUCCCUCAAUGUCUCUGCUGGUCUUUUGGGGUUCUUCUUCGUCAAGACAUGGACUAAGAUGCUUCAUAAAUCUGGUCUUUUGAAACAACCCUUUACCAGACAAGAGAACACCGUUAUUCAGACUUGUGUAGUUGCUUCUUCAGGCAUUGCCUUUAGCGGAGGAUUUGGGACUUACCUAUUUGCAAUGAGCCAACGAAUAGCUGACCAAUCAGGAGAUGCUUUCCGUGGCGUUAAGGACCCUUCUUUGGGUUGGAUUAUAGCUUUCCUCUUUGUUGUCAGCUUUCUUGGCCUCUUCUCUGUUGUUCCUCUUCGAAAGAUAAUGAUAAUAGACUUCAAACUACCAUACCCAAGUGGCACUGCAACUGCUCAUCUUAUCAACAGCUUUCAUACUCCUCAAGGGGCAAAGCUUGCCAAGAAACAAGUCCGGGUGUUGGGGAAAUUCUUCUCCUUGAGCUUCUUUUGGGGUUUCUUCCAAUGGUUCUUUACUGCAGGUGAAAAUUGUGGGUUUAACAGCUUCCCUACUUUUGGACUCAAAGCUUACCAAUAUAAGUUCUACUUUGAUUUUUCAGCAACAUAUGUGGGUGUUGGUAUGAUAUGCCCGUACAUAAUCAACAUCUCUCUUCUAUUGGGUGGAAUUCUCUCUUGGGGACUAAUGUGGCCUCUCAUUGAAACCAGAAAAGGAGAUUGGUUCCCUUCUAAUGUUGACUCUAGCAGCAUGAGCGGUCUUCAAGCUUACAAGGUGUUCAUAGCUGUCGCUAUGAUCUUAGGAGAUGGUUUAUACAACUUUUGCAAGGUGCUGACCCGAACCCUUUCAGGACUAGUCUCGCAGAUCCGAGGUAAAGCUGGUUCAAGAACAACCUCUCUUGCACGCGAAGAAGACCCUCCUGCUUCCCCAUUGACCCCAAAGAUAUCUUAUGACGACCAACGCCGAACAAGAUUCUUCCUCAAGGACCAAAUACCUUCUUGGUUAGCUGUUGGAGGCUAUGUGGCUAUAUCUGCAGUAUCUACAGCUAUACUCCCUCACAUGUUCUCUCAGCUGCGAUGGUACUACAUUCUGGUCAUUUAUGUCUUUGCUCCUAUCUUAGCUUUCUGCAAUGCUUAUGGAGCUGGACUCACUGAUUGGUCACUAGCAUCAACCUAUGGAAAGCUCGCCAUAUUUACAAUUGGAGCAUGGGCUGGUUCGGAUCAUGGAGGUCUUCUGGCAGGCUUAGCAGCUUGUGGAGUCAUGAUGAACAUAGUAUCUACAGCUUCAGACCUGACGCAGGAUUUCAAGACAGGUUACCUAACAUUGUCAUCUCCAAGGGCCAUGUUUGUGAGCCAAGUGAUCGGAACAGCAAUGGGCUGCGUUGUUUCACCCUGCGUGUUCUGGCUUUUCUACAAGGCGUUUGAUGAUCUCGGCCUCCCAAACAGUGAAUACCCUGCACCGUUUGCUACUGUGUACAGAAGUAUGGCUAAACUCGGGGUUGAAGGCGUCUCGUCUCUACCAAGAGACUGUCUUGUCCUGUGCUAUGCGUUUUUCGGUAUAGCCAUAAUCAUUAACGUAGUAAAGGACGGUCUUGGUAACAGGUGGGGAAGGUUUGUUCCUCUUCCAAUGGCUAUGGCUAUACCGUUUUUCUUAGGGCCUUACUUUGCAAUUGACAUGUGUGUGGGGAGUUUUCUUUUGUUUGUCUGGGAGAGAUUAAAUGCGCCAAACGCUGAAGCUUUUGCAACAGCAGUGGCUUCAGGAUUGAUAUGUGGAGAUGGAAUCUGGACUUUGCCAAGUUCAGUGCUUGCUAUAGCUGGAGUCAAACCUCCUAUUUGCAUGAAGUUUCUUUCAGCUGCAACUAAUCAUAGAGUCGACAAGUUCCUGCAAGGAUCCCCAUAGUUUUUUAAAGCUUAAUGAGACGGAUCUGUUGAGAAGUCAAGUGUUAGUUUUUUCAAAGCACAAUGAGAUGGAUCUGUAUGAAGUAAAGUGUAUGAUGUUUCAAUUUUGAAAACAAUGAUACAAUAGGUAUAUUGUCUUGAUCACUCA